CAAACCCCUGUACUGUUCUGUACUUUGCCAGGUUUACUGAAAGCAGAAUGUCACUGCUCUGUGCAAAAGUUAAAAGAGGAAAGCUGAACGGUCCAUUGGACAAGUUUAACACGUACGUAACUCUGAAGGUUCAAAAUCUGAAGAGUACCACAGUGACAAGGCGAGGAAAUGAACCACAAUGGGAACAAGAUUACAUGUUUGAGAUAAGUGACUUAGACAAGGGUCUUGUGGUCGAAGUCUGGGACAAAGGCUUAAUAUGGGACUCACUACUAGGAACUGCAUGGAUUCCCCUUAGGACAAUCACAUACGCAACUGAGGAAGGACCUGGGGAUUGGUGGAUUUUGAAUUCUGAAGUUCUUGUGAAAAACGAUGAGAUUUGUGGCGCAGAAAAUCCAACACUUCACGAAAUCUUAUUGGAUAUAUACUUUGAAUUACCUGCCGAAAUCCCAGAGGAUGAAGCUCGAUACUUAAUAGAACGCCUUAAGAAUAUAAACAUUCAAAUUGAGCAGGAAAAAAAUGUCAAGGAUAUCUGUUCUAAACAUGAUCCUGUCCAGAACCAGAACUUGUCUUUAGUGGUCUCUCAGAAUUCUCCUACAGAUAGUGCCAGCGAGGAGAUAGACAGUGAUUACCGAAGCGAUCCGAAUAAUGCAUCAAUAAAAAGAGGAAAUGGGCAUUUGAAGUCUGGUUCCGGAGCAGCUGGCCUGAGCCCCCAAAUCAAAUGCAAACUGUCACCACAGAAAGCAUUAAGGGAUGAAGAUAUAAUAUGCACCAGCACCAUAGAAAGAUCAAGAUGGAGGAGAGCAAUUAAAAAAAUAAAACGCCUGAUCUCAUAA